CUUGACAAGAUGCAUUUGAUGAGCACAAAGUGUGCUUGUGCUCAAAUAAAGCUUAGUUGUGAUUUUUUCUAAACUGACAAACGAGGAAGAGAGAAAGGUCGUUGCUCCGUCGUGGUAUUCGUCUGACGACUUGCUUUUUAGAGGUGUCACUUUCUCUGUAGUCCGUGAGUUCACUCUGUUUCGAGAUUAUGGUACAGAAGAUCAUAGAAAAAACAGUUUGAGAGGUCUAGGUCUACUCGUAAUGAAACCAUUGAAGGACUGGACCUUCAACGAUAAAACCUAGUUUCAUCAUACGAGAUUCAAUGAACCCCAGAGACGACUAAAGCACCCGAAAAGGCGAUACUGCAGGCCCCAUGAUCUGUGUGCAGCAGCCGUUUGCUGUUUUAGUUUGUAUCUGCUAUUUAUACUCUUUUAUGAAAUGAUACUCAGCAUUCUAAUCGUGAUUGAAUAUUCAUAGGUGCAUUCUAUUCUCAAAAAUUCUUGUUCUAGUAAGUUGUUGUGUCGUGCUUUCGUCCUCGCCCUUUAUCUGACGGCCUGCAUUUCGUUUUUCGGUCGAUCUGUCAUCCAGGAAGGAAUCAAUUCAUGUUGAGUAUGUGCCGAAAGGAAUCCCUAAGCUGAUUGAAAAAUGGGGAACCGCCAGACGUGUUCUUGUGUCACUCCAGGAAGGCACGAAGAUCGUGCUCAUGAUUUUGCGCCGCGAUUAUCAGCCGCUGAAACCACUCCAAGAACUGAUUCAGCUGCAUUCUUUUAAGGCUCGUCGCAGUAUUGAAUUCACUUCUCUUAAGUGGAACGAAUUACCAAUGUUUGAGACACUGAAACUAAUCAAUGCCUCUUUUUUUGGUAUUUUGAAUGUUAGUGAUCUACUCUAUUUCGUCAACAUUUAGAAGUGACAUCGAUUAUUUUUCAUUGCUCCUCGUGGUUUCAAUCUUAAGGUUCAUUCUAAUUCGUCACCUCAUCACCACGAAAGGGAUCUGCGCCUGGACAGGGUAAUGAUGUUUUUGGAAGGAAAAGACUUGAGUAUCACCCGCAUGGAUUACCAGCACUUCGGUGUGGCAACUUUGCUUGUCAAGCUGCAGACGGGUCCGGGGCUCUGUGUGUGGAGGUUACUUCUAGCCUGUCGGGUGAGACCAUAAUGGUCGAGCUAGACAAAAAAUUCGUGCAAUAUAGCACUGCGGAGAUGACACUGGGUAAAAAGUGUGCGACGUUUUCACUUAUCGAUUUCAAACGCGCAAUAUUUUCUGCAGCCGUUGAAGAGAAACAGCGAUUGCCGUUUACACGGCUGGACGCGAGGAUGCGACGGCAAAAUAAAGACCGAACGACUGGUGAAGAAAAGUUCAACCAGCCAAUCCCUCGUACAGUCCCAACAGACUUUGGCCGAAGACCUUUCAUCAUGAAAGACCCUCCGUUCCUGCGGGGCACAUCGCGGUGCGUUAGUCUAAUUGUUAUGAUGCUCUUGAUCCCCAUGCCCAUCUGCAAAAGAGUCCUCUUGGUCGGCGGGCUGUACCUUUUUAGAUAGAGUGCGUUCUUUUCUACUUCGAAUUCUAGCUACAAGAUGAAGCUUAACUCAAACUCUAAGUAGAUGGAGCACUGGAUGUUCAAAAGGGACUCGAUUGUUAUACAUAAAAAAAAAGGUCUAAGCUUCGCAGCCCUCAGUCACACGAAGAGAACUCGAGAAUGAUGAGAAGCACUGUCAGCUUUUCCGAAAGUCCAGAUGUAGACGGGAUGGUUGAUCAUAUCUUGUGCGAGGAGAUCCACGAUAGCUACAUAACAGGCGACGACCCGCUCCGAGAACUGGAGGCAGCUCGCCUGUGCACUGUGCAGGUGGGCUCUGCUGUGUUGAAGAGUGACCACUCUUAUCAAGAUGCGCGUGUGGAUCUGGAUGAGAUUGCGAGCUCGAAUUCGAAGCCGGGCUUGGGAGAUGAAGAUUUGCGCUAUGAUCUAAGUUUCGUGAUUCGCGAAAACUCGCUACGAGAUGCGGUGGAAAAGUUAUCGGAAGUCGACAGGACUCCGAUAGAGCUGCAGGAGACAAGUACAGUUGGAGGAGGCCUGUUUGGCAAGGAUAGUUAAGGGUAGGUUAAAGGUGCGUUUGUUACCGUUCGUUAUGGCUCUCCUAAGGGGGACAGCCAUAACAAGCGGGAUAAACGAACACCAAAAGCCUACCUCUAAGAUAACUGGAGGAAGGCGACAAGACAGAAUGCUGCAGGAGCAGGCUUUGACGGUGCAGCAGCCGAUGGAGUGUUCGGAGGCGGGCAGCCUGCGCAGGAGCCACAAGGUGGUGGACGACUCGGCGGCGGCGGACUCUUCGGAAACCAGCCCCCGCUGCCGGCAGCACUCUUCCGCAACUACGGGCCAGGAGAUUUCUACCUUGAAAAGAUAGCAGCUCGGGCUGCAGCAGGUGGAGGUGAUGAUCGGUUUGGAUCACAGCCACCUGCUCACGAAAACUAUUCGCCAAUGCGACUGCAUGACUACUUACGCUAUCUUGGAACGGGGCGCUGCACGCGUCGAGUCGUUGUGACUUCGAGCACCACAGGUGAAGAGGGACAGGGUCGUGCCAUGAGCAGCACAGGAGAUGAUGUAGUUGUCGUCGAAAGGAUGUACUACAGCGGAGCCUCGAUGGAGUGCGUUCGGCCCCCCCGCGAUAUAAAAACUACGUUCGAAGUUGCGGCUGUAGUUGAUUUAGGACUGGCCCGGGACGUAGCGGCGGCUUUGUCUCCAGCAGAGGUUCAUAUGUUGCUCGGCUUGGACUGUGGAGCACUGCGCAGGACGUGGGAGGAAGCGAGGUACUACCGUCCUGAGCGACGGUUUAAGGAAUUCCACCCUGACGCUGUGACUGAGAUGCUGUGGGAUGCAGUGACGUGGACAGCCCUGUUACAGAGUGAAAGCCGCUUUCUUGCAACUCCUGUGGAAGCAGAACAAGAGGCAACGGCCCGAAUGAUACACCAGGAGACUAUGAAAUUGAUGCUGCUCGAGGAAGGUGCUCGAUUCGGUGCCGUACGUAGAAAAAUGAAGGAGCUAGAGAACGAUGAGAGAACAUUCACAUUGCAUGAGGAUAUUCUUUCUCAUAUCAAAGACGGAAAAGACCGGGAAUGGCUCAUAGUAAGAGACGUCAUCUUUGUCUGGGCGCCAACGGAUUUCCUUCUUCAAAUUCUUUCAGCCGGUCGCGGAGAUGUUGAAGAUGCAGAGGAGGGUGUAGAAGCCGCUGCUGCAAAUCAUGAACAAGCAGAAGAUCCUCAUCCUUGCUGCGGUUUCCCAGGUCUCCGAAUGGAAUCUCUUUUGCAGAAUUUUGACCUUCUUGUACACGACAUUCUCGAAAAGAAUCGCGGCGACCAGGUAGAACGGCCGUGCCGUUCUGAGCGCGAGCGCUCGCAGCUGGCCUCCGCGUUCACUUCGCAUCCGCAGUUUGAUGUGCUUAAGCUUUGUGGUGACGGGUGUCCAGGGGAAGAAGGUCAUGCGCUCUCGCUCAUCGCCCCCCUCGUCAGAGACAAUAGUAGAGAAGCCGAUAGUAAGUUGCGUGUCAAAUUCGCCUUAGAUUCGAUUGAUGGAAAAUUUGGCCAUUUUCCCUAUGCGGAAGUAUUUUCCCUCCAGCCGAUGCUCGUGGAUGAAUGGAAGAAGAGAAGGUUUAGUUUAGCCAUGUGCGGAGUCCGAAUACAUUACGAGGUGCCGCGAUUUGAUGAACCACAUAAUACCAAAAUAAAGGUGAGAGCACGACAGGCACACGGGCGCUCGCCGGUGAUGAACCGUUUUCUGCAACUGCUAGAGUCUGGCACCAAUUUGUCGACCGAGAUGUGUCUUAUUAUUCUGAAUCGCUUCCCAGGCUUGAAACUGUAUGACGAGGAGGCACUCGCUCGUGGCAUCGAGGAUGUCGGACAAGCUCACGAGGCUCGCAAGGAGUAUUACGGAAGAUAGAAGCAGAAGUUGUAUCUAAAUUAGAUACAAGUAUUUGUUCUUUUCAUCUGUAGAUGAAGUUUUUGGUACCAUUAUACAUUCUUCUAUGCAUAAUCUUUUCCAUCGAUGGAUACGUGGAUCUGGAUGUUCUUAGUCCUUAUGUUGGUCCAGGACCUUCCUAUAUCUGACUCGUCAAAAUAAUAGGCUUGAUUAUCCACAAUUAUCUCAAACAAGUCGUCAUCCACGAGCUCCUAUCAUGGGCCCGUGGGCGUGGAACGCCUUUGGCAAAGUGAUAGACAUGACUCUAAUGAUGCAAUUGGGAAGAUCGGGCAGCGGCCGAUGAACAACCGUGGAGCAAGGAUCCUCUGGGCCCCCCUUCCGUGCCGGCGGACGAAUACCUGGAGAGAGCGCUUCGCUGGCGAACGGAAGAGGUCUGCGUUCGUUUACUAGAAAGGAUGAAAGAACAAGAGCGAGCAGUGGCCGAGUUGCGCUUUUAUUUAAGGCUUGCCAAUCAUGCCACUACUUCUCGGGAGACGAUCUCCUUGGGCAAGCCCGUUAUACUCUUCAAGGGCGGCGACGAGGAAAAGAGAAUUCCACCUACUGAUGCUUUGAUAGCGCCCAUUAAUCUCAUCGACUUAGCAAGGGAAAAGGGAUACAUGCGGGUAGCUUCCGAACUUGCUAUACUUCUUGGAUAA